CUGACUGGGACAAAGACGAUGGGGGGUCAUUAAACACACACACACACACACACACACACCUAUCCUCCGGACCAUGUGAACCUUCGUGGCCCCACCCCCUCCUUCCACAGGAAAUAGUUGCCAUCGACGACAUGGUCGCUGCGGUGACGGUUUACGAGGAGGCCGGACGGCCGGGGUCAGAGGUCGUGAAGAGACAGAACGCCGCGCUCUGAUUGGCUGAGAGCUGAGGAAGGUGACGGUGCAGUCACACGGGUUCAGACCAGGUGUGUGUUGACCUGCAGGUAACCAUGGCAACGGGACUGAUGCUGCAGCCGGCGCUAACUCCUGGAACUUCCUCAACUCAUCCUGGAAGCACAUGGAACUCCUCAAGGACUCCAGGACCCCUCCUCCAUCAUGCUCAGUUACUCCAGGAUCAUCAAGGAUUCCUCAAGGACCUUUGGGAGGAACAGGAGGUGCUACCCCUCCAUGACUCCAGGACCCUUUUCAAGGACCACUGCAACCUCCUUGUUAACUUCAGGAACCUUCUGAAGGAACCUUGAAACUCCUCAAGGACCAUGUUAGCCUUCCUAAGGCACCUGGAACCCAUCAAGAACCUCCCAAGUUAUCCUGGAAGCUUUAGCCAUUCAGAUAUUCCAAACCCUUCUCAAGGACACGUGGAAUUCCCUCAGCAACCCUGAGAAUCUCUUCCAGGACCCUGGAACAUCAUCAAGGCCUAUUUCAACCUCCUCAAGUACCCUUGGAAAACCCUGGAGCCUCUGAGGUUUACAGGAACCUUGGACCUCCUUACUGAAUUUUGUUACCUUCUCAAGGAUCCCUGAAACAUCUUCAAGGACCAUUUUGGUUUCUUCAAAUAACUCUAAAACCUCCUGGAAGACCUUAGAACUGAGACCUUCUCACAAAGUCCUGAAACAUGCUCCAGGACUCCAGGACCUGCUCCAGGACCUGAUGAUCACAAAGAGGUGUUUUCAUUUGUGAAUGAACUUUUUCUUGUUGCAUCUGAUUGGUUGAUAUUUUUGUCUUUUUGUCUUUACACACACACACACACACACACAGAGUGAAGAGAUGUGUGUGUGUGACCGUUGCCGGGGGAGACAGCAGUAAGAAUGUGUGACAUCACGGCGUGGGGUGGUAUAUAAGCGGCGGUGUGCAGGUCGAGCUCAGACCCGUCCUCACACAGGACAGACACAACAAACCAAGCUCCUUCGUCUGACGCCAAUAAUCAAUCACUUUUAUUGAAGGAAAAACAUUCUGACUGAAAAGUUGUGGAGCAGGUCACAUGACCGAGCGACGGCCAGCGGGAUCAUCUGGACUCUGCUGGGAUUUUUGUUCCUGAUCUGGAGUUUGGUUGGAUUAUUUCUCUGCUUCUCUGUGGCUAUGGUGUCCUCCUUUGUUCCUCUCCUCCUCCUCUUCCUCACCCUCACCGUCGCCGUGGAGACGAGACCAUCACCUCAACAAGACGACAAACAGGUGUUACGCUCUCUGUUUGGCUCUCGCCUCUCCUCUCUCAUCUUGGCCCCGCCCUCUUCCGAUGACAUCACCGAGGGCUCGGCGGCCGGACGCCCCGCCCCCUCCUCUCCCCCUCCCCCCGGGGGACUGGCUGUGGGGGGGUUGGCGGGCAGACAGGAGGGGGCGGUCCCACGGUUCUUCCUCGACUUCCUGCGGCGUCAGGCCAAGAUGAGGAGGCGGAGCAGGAAGUCGAUGGUGGGAGGAAGAGGAUGCUUCGGGAUGAAGAUGGACCGCAUCGGCUCCAUCAGCGGCCUGGGCUGUUAGAGGAUGAGGGCAGUUGCCGUGGUAACCUCCAUCCUCCAGAACACCUGCCGCUGAAAGCUCGACCUGCAGGUGAUCCCCAGCUGACCCCUGCAUGACCUCUGACCUCCAGGAUCACCUGGUUCACCUGGUUCAGAGACUCCAUGCUGGAUCUCCACUAAUGAAAGACUAAGGGACAGGAAACCUGACGUAGACACAAGUAGAAAUCCUACUAAUGACCUCUGACCUCUGACCCCUGGCUACAGCACAGCCAGCAGCAAACUGUGUGUGUGUUCAUGUGUGUGUGAGAGACGACCAUGUGUCAAACAUGCAGGUGUGUGUGUGUGUGUGUGUGUGUGUUGUGUGGACCACCUGCAGUCUGACUGCAGGAAAUAAAACAGAAA